GUCGGUGAAGGAGGAGACCAUCUUCCUGCACGACGGGCUCAUCCGGGUCACCGACCUGGCCGAGCUGCCCAGCGAGAUCAUUGGGGUGGCCGAGCCCGGCGACACCGAGCUGGAGAUCCUGACCUUCGAGACCAAGAACCCGACGGAGCUGGCGGAGCGUUUGCGCUCGGUGUGCGGGAACCAGAGCAACGCGUACGCGCGUUUGCUGGAGUACCGGCUGAACGCCCUGCGCGGGCUCUGGAACGCGCAGCGCCAGCUCGCCCUCGAGGAGCAGCACGACCGCGACAGCUCCGGCGACGAGGAGGCGCUGGCGCUGCUCAAACGCCAGGGCUUGUUACAGCAGCCGGAGCAGGCUCCCUUCACCUCCCGCAUGGGGCUGCUGCUGGUGUUCCCGCUGAUCCAAUCGCAGAGCAGGACAGACCCUGCUCUGUGUAACAUCACGGCUGAGGUGCUGCUGAAUUGCCUUCGGGACUGCCAGCCCCUGAGCCUGACCAAGGAACCGGCUGAUUGCCUCAAUGGCAUCGAGUCGCUGCUCUGCUCCUGGCUCGAGGACACGGCGCCCUCCGGCCAGCACAUCCCCUACAAGCAGAAGGAAAAUGCUGCUGCUGCUCUGGUUGCCUUGGCUUGUGCGAGAGGGUCGCUGAAAACCUUUGUUCAUACGGUGCAUCUAUUACAGAAACAGACUGAGCUGGGGUCCCUCCCUGUGGCUGAUGUUCUCUACAGGUUGUUGCUUUUGGAGGGAGGCCCUGGGUCCCCCUCGUGCCUACUUGGAGGGAAGCACAUCGUGUCCUGGGGCUUUGAGGACAUGUUACCUGCUCCUGAUGCCAACACUGGUGCCAGCAGUGAGAAUAAAGAUGCAGACCUGGGCCGGUGCCUUGCAGCCGAUGGGCUCUACCUGUACACCACCAAUUCCGUGGGCAGGGGGAUCAGCAAACUGGGAUCAGGAUUGCAUGGAACUCUGAGGGGGUUUGUGUACUGUCGGAACGAGGAGCUGGAGACGGGCUGGGUGGCUUUUGGCAAUGGCAAACUCCUCCAUCGGCCCGUGUCCUUUGAUAGCAAACCUCACUACCUGUUCCAGCUCGUGGAUCAACAUACCCUGCAGGUAUGUCAGAUAAUCCCAAUGCCAGUAAAUCACUUCCCAGUUGGCAGCACUAUGACCACCGUGCAUCUUUCUUCAGAUGGUACCUUUUUCUACUGGAUUUGGUCUCCUGCAAGCCUCAACGAAAAAACCCCCAAAGGCCACUCUGUCUUUAUGGAUAUUUUUGAAAUUAUAGUAGAAAAUGGCAUUUGUAUAGCAAAUCCUCUGCAGGAAAGAAUAAUCCUGAUGAGGAAAGAGGGGGAAUCUGCCAAGAGUAUCAAUGAGAUGCUGCUGAGCCGCCUGUCCCGGUACCGCGCCUCCCCCUCGGCCACCCUCGCUGCCCUCACAGGCUCCACCAUCUCCAACACCCUCAAGGAGGACCAGGCAGCUGCCAACACGAGCUGUGGGCUGCCCCUGAAGAUGCUGAGGAAGACCCCAAUCUACACAUGUGGGACCUACCUGGUGAUGCUGGUGCCACCCCCGGGGGGCUCGGGCAGCUCGGCCACGCGCUCGCUCUUCGGGGGCACCAGCGCUUUGUCCUCCUUAAAAAUUCUUGCCUCCAGCCUGGUGUUCAACAUCUCGGAUGGGCAGUUCACCAGCAGGGCAGAUCUGAUCGACGCCGCCGGCAGCUCGCUUGGACGGGGGGCUCUGGUGCCAGGCCUUGGUGCUUGUUAUGAUACAAUGAAUAACAUGAUCUGGACGUGCUCCAAUGAUUAUAUUGAUCAGUGGUGCAAUCCUGGGAACCAGGCAUUCCACUGUGUCUGCCAGAGGCUGGGAGUGAGUCACGUCAUCGCAGAGCCCAAAGGGGAUGCAAUAACCACAAAUGAGGUCAUUAACCAAUUACUGCACCAUGUUGGUGCCAUGUGCAUCCACCAACUCAACCUCCUGGCAGCCAGCAACAACCUCCCCAUCAGCAAUUUUGUGGGCAAGCAGCAUCCCAUUGAAGCCCAUCACCUGAGCAGCAUCUGUGACAUUAUGGAGAAGGCCAUGGUCAAUGGAGACACCUGCAUCAUCCGCUGCAUCCUCGUCGUCUUCCAGGUGGUUUUUAAAUUUUUCUUCAGCCCCCAAACUGAAAGGAACAGAGACAUUGUCAGAAGGUCUGGGCUGUUAUUGUGGCAGUUACUGAUGGCCCCAAGGGAUCAGAUCUGCUCUGAAAUCCAGAAGGAAGUUUGUCUGGCUAUUAGCUCUGGUUUAAAUAUCCUGUAUCCUGGAGAAGCAGAAAUCAAUAAUUUGUUGAAAUUGGUCUUAACUGAAGGAGAGAGGAACAGUGGCCUCUCGCAACUCCGGGAUGUUAUCCUGACCAAUUUAGCUGAGCAGCUGCAGAACAACAGAUUUGGAAGUGAAGAUGAUGAUCAUUAUAGACUCAAUGAUGAGCUCUUGCACUACAUCCUCAAGAUUGUUGUCCGAGAAUCUUGUGUCUUAAUCACCAAGUGCCAAACUGUAUCUAAAGAUGACUUUCAAAGGCUUCUUUCAACUGUGCCUGCUGCGUCCUCGUGCUUGCGGUACCUGAUGGCUGUGCAGAACCACCUCCUCAGUAACACUAUUUUGAUUAAACCUGAUGACAAUGAUGACAGUGACAGCUCCUUGCAGGGAGAGACAUUGAAGGUACAGGAACUCAAGACCAGCAUUUUGUCUCUUGCCACACAAAUUCUGACAGGAUGUGAUGAAGUCUUAGAAAUGCUGCAACAAGUCACAACAGCACUAAUUAACAGUGACAUUUCUGACAGGGAGCAAAGGUUAAAAGGUCUGGAGCAGAUCACAAAGGCCACCAUGCUUGGCCACCUGCUGCCUGUGCUGCUGACAUCCCUGAUGCACCCAAACCUGCAGACCCUGACCAUGGCUGAUGCCCUGAUGCCUCAGCUGGUGCAGCUGGUCCUUUACACCAGCCAGACUGCACUGCUGCUUAAAACCCAGUCUCCAGUUUUCUCAGAACUGAACAGUUCCCCCAGUGGUGCUCCAGAGCAGAAAGGGAAGCAGUUACCUGAUGAGAGGAUGCUGGAAGAGAAGGAAGAGCCAGGAUUCCUGACUGGUUUGAAGAUCCCUGCUCCCUGGGCUGCUGGGAAGACUGUGGAGACAGUGCAUCCUGUCAGGGAUAAUUACAAAUUUAAGGAAACUGUCCACAUUCCAGGAGCCCGCUGUUUGUAUCUUAGAUUUGACAACAGAUGCUCCUCCCAGUAUGAUUAUGACAAGUUGGUGAUCUAUGCUGGUCCUAGCACAAACAGUAGGAAGGUUGCUGAGUAUGGAGGCAAUACACUGGGAUAUGGCAGGGGGAGUGUCUUAGGAACGGGGUGGCCCAAGGACUUAGUGAAGGUGGAAGGAGACACAGUCACGUUCUCCUUUGAGAUGCGGAGUGGGCGGGAGCACAACACUCCUGACAAAGCCAUGUGGGGCUUUGCAUGCACUGUCCGAGCCCAGGAAUCCUCAGAGGAUGUGUCAGGAGGUUUGCCAUUCCUGGUUGAUCUGGCCUUGGGCCUCUCUGUGCUGGCCUGUUCCAUGCUGAGGAUCUUGUACAACGGGCCAGAAAUCACCAAAGAUGAAGAAACCUGUCAAGAGCUUUUAAGAUCUAAACUCUUACAAAGGUGCCAGUGGCAGGUGGAAGCAAAUGGGGUCAUAUCUCCAGCCCUUACUCCAAGCCCUUCUCCUUUGCCUCUCACCAUAGAGGAGGACAGGGAAUUCACAUAUCCCUCUGAUGUGCUUGUGCCUCCUGUUGGACACUACUUUGAUCUGCCCAGGAUUAGGCUGCCCCCAGGAAUCAUGAUCAAGCUCAGGGAAAUUUCUGGACGUGCUCGGCCUCAAUUUAGACCCAGUAUAAAGGAAGUGAUCCAGCCAGAAGUCAUGGAGGAGAUGGUGGUUUCAUGUGUGAUUAAACAUCUCAAUUUGGUUGAUGCUCUCCAGUCCCUGAUAAAUUUCCAAUAUCAGGAGGAACACGCUGAAGAAUAUGAUUUACUCUGUAAAAUUAUGGGAGAGACCUUCAAGAAGCUGAAUGCCAUGGAGAGACAACUGCAGAGUGUGGCUGAGCUGGAGCAGAAGUGGCAGAACGAGGUGGAUGAUGCCGUGCAUGGGAAGCUGGAGAACAAUGUCCCCUUUUUUUAUGAUUAUCACUUCAAUGAGAGCAAGAUGAAGGAGCUGGAGCUUCUGUGUUCAAUGAAGGAAGUUUCUUUUGAUGGGAGUGAUCUUGAGAACGUGGUCCUGGCAUUAAGGGAGAAGUUUUUCCAAGAGGUGAAUUCACUGAUCCAGAAGACCUCUCAUCCCUUAGCAAAAACAAAAACCUUGGUGAAGAGCUUGAUGAACAGAGCAGAGCUGUUGUUGCAUGUGACUAUUGCAGCACAGUCUGGGAUCACAAGGAGCAUAUCUGGGACCCCUGCAGAGACUCCAGCCUGUAAAUCAGCCUCUGAGACCAAGGUGAUCUCUCACGCCGUGCGCCAGCCCGUGUUCCUGCGCAGCAUGUCUGCCCCGUCCGACCUGGAGAUGAUUGGCAACGAGGACAUCGAGUUUGCCCGGGCCAGCCAGAGGCGCCGGCACGUCACCAGCCACAGGAGCAGCUCCUUCACCCUGCUGCAGUCCCUGGCCAUCGAGGACAGCAGGGACAAACCCACCUACAGUGUCCUGCUGGGGCAGCUCUUCGCUUUCAUCGGCACAAGCCCCGACCAAGCCGUGUCCAGCAGCAGCUUCCUGCUGGCUGCCCAGACCCGCUGGAGACGUGGCAACACCAGGAAACAGGCGCUGGUGCACAUGAGGGAGCUGCUGACGGCUGCCGUGCGUGUCGGGGGCGUCACCCACCUGGUGGGUCCCGUCACAAUGGUGCUUCAGGGAGGGCCAAGGAUUGAAGAGCUGACGUGUGGUGGGAUGGUGGAGCAGGUCCAGGAGGCUUUUGGAGAGACGAUGACAUCGGUGGUGUCCCUGUGUGCCCGCUACCCCAUCGCCUGUGCCAACAGCAUUGGCCUCUUGUGCACCAUUCCCUACACCAGGAGUGAGGAGAAGUGUCUGGUACGUAGUGGGCUGGUGCAGCUCAUGGACCGGCUCUGCAGCCUGAGCAGCCAGACAGAGUCCAGCUCAAAUGAAAAACAGACCAAGAAACAGAAGGUGGCCACCAUGGCUUGGGCUGCCUUCCAGGUGCUGGCCAACCGCUGUGUGGAGUGGGAAAAAGAAGAAGGGGGUUCCACAGAUGCUGUUCACUCCGGGCUGGCCAGGCAGGUCUCCAGCCUCCUCACCAACCACCUGGCCAGGGCCACUGAGUGCUGUGGCAACCAGGCUGCAGGGAAUGAUGCACUGCAGGAUGUCCUCAGCCUUCUGAAUGACCUCUCAAGGAGUCACAUAGGUAAAGCCAUCCUGAGCCAGCCAGCCUGUGUGUCCAAGCUUCUGUCCCUUCUCUUGGAUCAGCGUCCUUCUCCAAAGCUGGUGCUUAUAAUCCUGCAGCUGUGUCGUGCUGCCCUGCCUCUCAUGAGUGUUGAGGACUGUGGAAACGUGGAAUUGCCUCCCUGGAGUUACUCAGUGCCCUCUCUGAACAGCGAGCAGGAUGAUCCCAGUGACCCAGCCUCCAAGAUUGCCUCCCUGCUGCUGGCAAAGCUGGCAGAUUAUGUUGUGCCAGGCUGCCAGACAGUCCUUUCUCCAACUGCCUCUGAGCCAGAUACUACCUUGGCAAAAGCCAGCCCUAAAAAUUCCAUAAAAGGUGAUAAAGAUCCUGGAGAAGAAAGCGAGGCAGUGGAUGGUAAACUCUCUAUUUUUAUCCAUAAAAGAGAAGAUCAGUCCUCCCAUGAAGUCCUUCAGCCUUUACUAAGUAGUUCAGAAGGUCGCCCAUUCCGACUGGGAACUGGAGCCAACAUGGAGAAGGUGGUGAAGAUGGAUCGGGACAUGACAAAAAGUGGCUGCUGUGAAGUCAUUACAGAAGAAGCUGCUGCAGCUCUUAGAAAGGCAACCAAGUGGGCACAGUCUGGGCUGAUAGUGAGUGUGGGGCCACCCAUAGAGACUGUCAAUCCAGAGAACACCAGUGGCUUGUCCACUGGGGACAAAAAAAAGACUGCACAAACUUCUAUUUGCAGGGAGAGGAAUUCAGAGCUCGCCAGGACGGAUCCGGUGAGGCCGUUCAUCAGCGGGCACGUGGCAAACAGCAUGGCAGCAGAGGUGAUUGCCCUGCUGCACAGCCUGCUCAUGGCCCCUGAGUCCAAUGCAGCCCAGAUCUGGACAACAACUGCUGAAAAAGUUCUGUCUCGGGCUCUGAUGUACAUUCCACAGCUUGGGAAAUAUGCAGAGAGCAUUUUGGAGAACGGGAGUAGCAGUGGAAGGAAACUGGCUAAACUUCAAAGGAUUGCUCGUCAGGCAGUGGCUGCCCUGUGUGCUCUGGGUGGCUUUAAGGAGACAAUUAAAAUAGGUUCUGAAGUUCAGGUUUUAGGCAAAGGAAUAGCAGGAAGCAUUGGAGUUGUGGCAUCUAUUAAUGAGCAAGAAGGUAUAGCCACGGUCAAAUUCCCACCCACCACUAUAGACACUAGAAAGACCUCCCAGGCAUCAGACACUUUAACUAUUCCAUUAUCUAGGCUCUGUGUUCCAAGAUCUGAGGCAUUGCCUCUUCAUAAACUGUCCAUUACUGAGAAGGUAGUACAGGCAGUCCAGUCCAUGUUGCUCCCUCAGGAGGGAAGUCUCUCUAUUCACACCUCACUUCCUGCAACAGGAGAUGGCUCAACCCCAGUAAUGGCAGUGGUCCGGCUCCUUGCUGAAAUAAGAACCAGAGCAUGCCUGGUGAUGGCUCAGCUGUUGGAAGACAGCUCAUUCUGUGAAGAAUUCAUUCAACAGUGCCCAGCUGCUGUAGAAGUUCUGAAUUUGGUGGCCCAGGAGUGUAGCCCUGGGGAGAGGCUCGUGGUUGUGGAGAUGCAGUGUGAGAGGUUACGGAUGUUGUACCGGGACUGUGCUCGGCCCCCUCCUCCUCCCCUGCAGGCAGACAGGAGACAGCCCAAAGAAAUCACCUGGAGCCCAUCCAGGGUGUUCCCCCCAGUGAGAGCCUGCAUGUUCUCCUCACACCUCACUGCUGUGACUUUCCUGGCUGAUCCCAGCGCAGGUGGGGGACUUCCUCGGGGCACCUUUAUCUAUGCCACCUCCCCUGUGCCAGUGCAGGCACCAUCAUUCUACUGGGAAAUUGAAGUGGUUUCCUAUGGAGAUACAGAUGAUGACACUGGGCCAAUAGUUUCCUUUGGGUUUGCCACAGAGGCUGAAAAACGGGAUGGGGCUUGGACAAACCCAGUGGGCACCUGCCUCUUUCACAACAAUGGGCGAGCAGUGCAUUACAAUGGCUCCAGCCUGCUGCAGUGGAAGAGUGUCAGACUGGAUGUGACUCUGUCCCCUGGUGAUGUAGCAGGAAUUGGAUGGGAAAGAACAGAAGGAACUCCCCCUCCUCCAGGGCAGCCAGCAAAGGGCAGAGUUUAUUUUACAUAUUGUGGGCAGAGGCUUGUGCCCUACCUAGAGGAUGUGUCUGGUGGAAUGUGGCCAGUUGUCCACAUUCAGAAAAAGAACACCAAGGUGCGGGCCAACUUCGGCUCGCGGCCGUUCGCCUACGCCGAGGGCCAGGCUCACCGCAACGCCGCCGACCUGUGCCUUGACCUGGCCGAGGAGAUCAGUGCCAACUUCGAGGCCUUGCCCUUUGCCAUGGCCUCUGACAGUGACAAUGAUGCUGGCACCAGCAUUGCCUCGGACCCUGGCACCCACGGGCCCCCCUGCAGGAUCGCCGCCGUCGCCACGGCGCAGCAACAGUAUGACAGCGACACAUCCUGCCACUAUAAAAUGGAGCUGAGCUAUGAGAACUUCAUCACCUCAGGCCCUGAUCCUCACCCCCCUCCUAUUGCAGAUGAUGAAAGUGAUGACGAUGAUGAUGAUGAUAUUCCUAGGGAGGAUCACUAUGCCCUUUUGGUUAAAGCCUGGGAAACCAAAGUUUUCCCUACAAUUAGAAGAAGAUUCCGUAAUGAAGCUGAGAGGAAGUCUGGGCUGGAUCAGAUUAAAGGAGCUUUACAGUUAGGAAUGGUUGAUAUAGCAAGGCAAACUGUGGAAUUCCUGUAUGAGGAAAAUGGGGGCAUCCCAAGGGAUCUCUACCUCCCCACCAUCGAGGAUAUCAAAGAUGAAGCAAACAAAUUCACAAUUGAUAAAGUACGGAAAGGUCUCACCGUGGUGACUCGCUCUCCUGACAGCAACAACGUCACCAGCAGCGCUGUCGGAACAGCUCUCCCCAAAUUUGCCAUUCGGGGCAUGCUGAAGACAUUUGGCCUUCAUGGGGUUGUUCUGGAUGUGGACUCAGUGAAUGAACUGGUGCAAGUAGAGACCUAUCUGAGGAGUGAGGGGGUCCUGGUGAGGUACUGGUAUCCCAUUGACAUGUUGGAAAGGCCACCUGCAGGAUACAGGAGGACUGCAACCAAUGGAUUGGUCACCCUGGAUAACACCAACAUCCAAAUUCACAGGGAGCUGCUGAGGAGUGAAGCUGCCCUGGCCAAGCUCUACUGUCGCAUGGCUCUGCUCAAUAUUUUUGCUCCCAAAUCUCCCCACAUGUUCACCCGGCUGUUCCACAUUCCUGCCAUCAGGGAUAUCACCCUGGAGCACCUGCAGCUGCUCUCCAACCAGCUUCUUGCACCACCUCUUCCUGAUGGAACCAUCAGCUCAAGCUCCAUUCUCCUGGCCCAGUCCCUGCAGCACUGCAUCCAUUCCCAGACCUGUGCUGCCACAGACCUCUUCUACCAGGGCAAUUCCCAGGCCAUCAGGGAGUGGCUCACUGUGGCCAUCACUCGGACCCUGCAUCAGGGAGAGGAGAGUCUGUUGGACCUCACCAAACAGAUCUGCUCCUUUCUGCAGGCGGCACCAGAACAAUUUCCUGCUGAAGAAUUCCCAAUUUCCGAAUCCAAAGUCAACAUGGAUGUGAAUUUUCCUGGGGCUGCCUUUGUGAUUGUGUCCUGCAAGGAAAGUCAGUCUGGCUUCAGAAAAGACUCAUCCCUGUACAAGGCCCCCUGGGCUCGGGUGCUGGUCUAUGGGCUGGGCCACAAGGUGAAGAGGAACGGGCAGCUGAACCUGAUCGAGGCCGUGUGCUACCCCCGCGACGCCUCCCCCACCAACACCGGCCUCACGCCGCCCCCCACCACCAACCAGUACCCAGCUGUCAUCACCCCCACAGACAGGGUGCACAUCAAACUGGGGGUGUCUCCUCCUCCUGGAGCUGUAUUGGUCUUGCACUCCCUCCCCCUGGAAUUCCCCCUGGCAAUGGCAUUCACAGAACAGCUCUUAACCUGGAAAUUAGAAGAUGGGGAUGGAAAAUCUGAAGAUGAACUGGAUACUAUUCCUGCCUCAGUUCUCUUGCAAGUAGUGGAAUUUUUAGGCAACUUCCUCUGGACAACCGACAUGGCAGCGUGUGUGAAGGAAUUGAUCUUUCACCUCUUGGCCGAGCUGCUUCGCAAAAUCCACAAUCUGGAGCAGAAGAAGAAUCCAGCAGGAUUGUCCUCAUCCAUUGCCCUGCAGCUCAACCCCUGCCUGGCCAUGCUCAUGGCCCUGCAGUCAGAGCUGCACAAGCUCUACGAUGAGGAAACCCAGAACUGGGUGUCUGGGAAUGCCUGUGGUGGCUCUGGGGUUGGAGUGGCCGACCAGGGAAGAUUCUCCACGUAUUUCCAUGCUCUGAUGGAAGUGUGCCUGGCUGUAGCAGAAGUCACCUUGCCCAUCAACAUGAGCGUGACAGCCAAUGUGAUCUCAUCCACCAGUGCCCCAAAUCUUAGUGACUCCUCCUCCUCGUCCUCAUCUUCACCAGGACAGACACCACAGAGCCCGAGCUUGCUGUCCAAGAGGAAAAAAGUCAAAAUGAAGCGGGAGAAAACCUCAUCCUCUGGGAAAAGGGCUUCAUCCAGGACGGCCGAGUCGGACGCGGCGCUCCUCAGCAUCGGGGGCAGCAAGCCAGAGGACAUGCUGUGGUUCCACAGAGCUCUGACCCUGCUGAUAAUCCUCAGGCACCUGACCAAAAAGGACCCCCAGGGGCUGGGUGUGACCAACGAUGCCGUGGCUGACGCCUGCCAGGCCCUCGUGGGGCCCACAGCUCACAGCCGCCUGCUGGUCAUCUCCGGCAUCCCCACCCACCUGGAGGAGAGCACGGUCAGGAACGCCAUCAGGAAAGCCUGCAACGCCCACGGGGGCGUGUUCAAGGAUGAAAUCUACAUCCCUUUGCAGGAAGAGGAGCCCAAAAAAACCAAGGACAAAGCAGAAGGAGGUGAGUGCAGGACAGAGCUGGAGAAGCCGACGGUUUCCAGCAGCGCCGACAGUUUGGACAUCAGCAGCUCCAGCAGCGUCACCCCCGCCAUGAGCGUCAGCGCCUCGGCCUCCACCAGCCAGGCCUCCCUCUGCAGCUCCCAGGGCAUCUCCCGCACUGUCAGCGACAUCUCUGUGGAUCAGUUCCAGGCUGGGCUGGAGCUGGCCAUCCCACCUGGAUUGCUGGAGCAGCCCCACGUGGUGUCCAGCCAGGAGAGCUUGGAUCUGUCCCACUGUAGCACGGGCAGCCUGGGCAGCCUGGGCAGCCUGGGGGAGCCGCUGGACAACAUGGAAACGGCCUCGGUGUCAGACGUGGGCUCCAUGUACACCGUGACAUCUCUGGACAAUCAGCCCUUGCUGGCACGGCCCAUCAAGGGCUUUGCUGUGGUGGAGAUAAGGUCAAGAGCUAAAAUAGAGAAAAUCCGAGCCAGCCUCUUCAACAGCAGUGAUCUCAUUGGCUUGUCCAGCCUGGAUGGGGAGGAUGAGCUCAUGGAGAUGUCAACUGAAGAGAUUUUAACUGUUUCCACUGUAAAUCAGAGUUUGUUUGACACCCAGGGGAGCCCAGCACUAGAAGAUUAUUUCAAUGAUAAGUCAAUAAAAGGUGAAAAACUGGUCCCAGGAGCUCGGGAAGUUCUCACAGAGAUCUUUAAAAGCUGUGUCCACUCAGAACAAAUGCUGAGCCUGACUCCAGCCAAGCCCAUCAAGGUGGCUGACAUUUACCUCAGCAAGGAGCAGAUCAAUUCCCAAACCCCUGGGAACCUUCUCCACGUCUUCUUCACCAACGUCCGCCCUCCCAAGAAGGUGCUGGAGGACCAGCUGACCCAGAUUUUAAGGAAAUAUGGAGUUCCCAAGCCCAAAUUUGACAAGAGCAAGUACAACAAGGCAGGCAAGGAGCAGCACCCGGUGAAGGUGGUGAGCACCAAGCGCCCGGUCACCAAACCCCCCACCAAGGAGAAAUCCAUGCUCAACAGUGUCAGCCGAACAGCCUUAAGUGAGAAGAAACCCACUGUAAAGCCCAAAUCUCCUGAGAAGAGCAAACCUGAGGAGAAGGACCCUGAGAAGUCUCCCACAAAGAAACAGGAAGUUCCUGAGGAGAAGUACCUGACCCUGGAUGGAUUUCAGCGGUUCGUGGUGGAUCGCUCCAAGCAGGACAUCCGGAGCGUGUGGAGAGCCAUCCUGUCCUGUGGCUACGACCUGCACUUCGAGAGGUGUGCCUGCAUCGACGCCAGGCACGCACAGAAGGCGUCGCGCAAGUGGAGCCUGGAGAUGGACGUGGCCCUGGUGCAGUACAUCAACCGCCUGUGCCGCCACCUGGCCAUCACCCCCGCCCGCCUCCACCCCCACGAGGUGUACCUGGACCCAGCUGACGCAGCAGAUCCCAGGAUUUCCUGUCUCCUGAAUGUCCCCGUGGAGAGCCUGAGGCUGCGCUUUGCCCUGCUGCAGUCCCUCAACACCACCCUGGAGACGUUCUUCCUGCCGCUGGUGGAGCUGCGCCAGACCGACAUGUACGGGAACAGCAUCGCUGCCUUGCUGCAGGAGGCCAAAGGUCAGCAGGGCCUGGGCACCACGGGGAGCAGCAUUGACUCGUGGGUGGAAAAGAAUGGGACCCCCUGCAUGCUGGCUCUCUUUGGGGUGGUGGUUCCUCAGUGCUGGCACCAGGAGGAGGCUGGGUUUGACCAUGGCCUGAGGGGAUUCAGCUUUGCAGAGCUCUUCUGUGGGGACACCCCCAUCCAUCUCCUAAUCCAGCACCAAAUCACAUUUGCAGGCCAGCUGGUAGAACAAAUAUUCCUGCUGUUCUUGGAGUGCUGGGAAGCAAAGCAGCACUUAGGAAUUGAGCAGGAACAAAGGAAUAUUUUCAUUGUUUUCCCUCUCUCUCUUCCAGGUGGAUCUUUCCGUCACUUCCUUUGGCAAGUGUGUAAAGAGCUGCAGAGCUCCUACCUCUCCCUGCUCCUGCUGUGCCCCAGCUCUGCUGUCAAUAAGAACAAGGGGAAGUACAUCCUGACCCCCAGCCCCAUCACCUAUGCUGAGGAGCAGCUGCUCCAUUUCUUCGGGCAGCUGCUGGGCAUCGCCAUCCGCGCCGACGUCCCCCUGCCCCUGGACCUGCUGCCCUCCUUCUGGAAAACCCUGGUGGGAGAGCCCCUGGAUCCCGACGUGGAUCUGCAGGAAGCUGACAUCCUCACCUACAACUACGUCAAAAAAUUUGAAAAUAUCAGUGAUGAGACGGAGCUGGAAGCUCUGUGUGCCGAAAUCGCCUCCCAGCACCUGGCCACAGAGAGCCCCGACUGCCCCAACAAACCCUGCUGCAAAUUCACCUACCUGAGCCUCACUGGGGAGGAGGUGGAGCUGUGUCCCAGGGGCAGGCACAUCCCUGUGGGGUGGGAGAACAAGGACGUGUACGCGGCCGCCAUCCGGAGCCUGCGCAUGCGGGAGCUGCAGACCCUGGCGUGCAUGACAGCAGUGAGGGCAGGGCUGGGCUCCAUCAUCCCCCUGCAGCUCCUGACCACACUCACCCCCCUGGAGAUGGAGCUGAGGACCUGUGGCCUUCCCUACAUCAACCUGGAAUUCCUCAAGGCACACACCAUGUACCAGGUGGGACUGAUGGAGACCGACCAGCACAUCGAGUUCUUCUGGAGCGCCCUGGAGAUGUUCACGCAGGAGGAGCUCUGCAAGUUCAUCAAGUUUGCCUGUAACCAGGAGAGGAUCCCCUUCACCUGCCCCUGCAAGGACGGCGGCCCCGACACCGCCCACGUCCCCCCCUACCCCAUGAAAAUCGCGCCCCCCGACGGCGCCGCAGGUUCCCCGGACUCGCGGUACAUCCGAGUGGAGACGUGCAUGUUCAUGAUCAAGCUGCCGCAGUACUCCUCGCUGGACAUCAUGCUGGAGAAGCUGCGCUACGCCAUCCACUACCGGGAGGAUCCGCUCAGCGGCUGAGCAGCAGCAGGGAACGCCUGGAGGUGACUCCAUGACUCUGCCCUGUGGAACCCCCUCAGUUCCCAUCCAGCUCCUCCCCUGGGAUGGGCUUGGGGGUUAAUUUAUUUCCUGAACCUUCGUUCCCGUCACAGUAAUUCCCGGAAGACUUCCAUUUUGUAUUCGUAGACUUUGUGGUGGACUGGUUCUUUUGCUGCCUUGUUUGUGGAAUAUUUGUAGGAUAGUUUAGUAAAGACCGGUUUGUGUAUAAUUUAAUUUGGGGGAAAAAAAAAAAACCUUUCCACCUGUACAUUUCUAAUUUUGUAAUCCACAAUGGUCCGCCCCGUGCAAACACCACUGGCGGGGAGGGCAUUCCGAAGCCGGGAGCCCUCAGAGGGAAGGCUCAUGGAUCACUCUCCCCCAAGAGGUUUUUGAGUAUAAAAAUGCCAAGUUUGGGUGUGGGGAGGGAAUCACUGCGUGGGCAGGAGCAGAGCACAGGCAGGGUUUGUGGCACUUGGUUGAGGUUUGAAGCAGGAACUUCGCUGCCAAACUGCUUUUCCACCUUUCCACCACUUUCCUUGAAAUUUUUUUAGACUCUGACCAAGCACAUGUGGGGGCUGCCACAGGGAACCGGGCGGUUCAGCUCAACACUUCUGGGAAAAUUUCCAAUAGAACAGUGAAAGGUCUGUGAUUCCAUUGGGUUCCAGCCCUAGAUGUUCUUGACUGUCUGCUUUGCUUAGCAUCAAAAUAAUUUAUUGUAAUUAAAAUAUGAGCAGAACAAAACAGCUUCUCUCCAAAGGGUGUAAGAUACCACAGUCCAUCCCAAAUGGAUGGACUAUCCUAGUUCCCUGAGCUCUCAGAACAACCAGGGGGUGCUCAAACACCUGGAACUCGUUUUUGUACUCAAAAAUCUUUGAUCCAAGAGCAAAUUAUCCUAAAAACCUCUGACACCCGGCAGGAGGAUGCAGUCACCUGUUGGAAGAUAAAGCUCCUGUUUUGUGUGGAGAGCUGGGAGCCAGCUGCAGAGCAGGAACAACUCCACGUUUCACUGCUGUUCUGGUGCCUCAGAGCAGCCCCUCCACAGGCGUCUCAUCCCUGCCCAGGAUUUCUGGGACGCUCCAGCUUUGCUGAUCCCUUGGAUCCUGAGUUCUGAGGAAGGGACCGUCCCGGAAUCCGUCGGUGCUGCCCGGGGGGCUCAGGCUGAGGUGCUGAACCUUCAGCUCGGUGUCCCGUGGCUCUGGAACAGCUGCCGGGAAUCCCAGAUGUAUUUAUUGUACAUUUUUGUGAAUAGUGGGAACGCUGAGCGCGUGGGACGCGGGAGAGGCCGUGUGAGUUUGGGAUGGGUGUCCUUGUUCUUCUGUGAGCGAGUGGGAAUGGGAAUGUGUGUGCAGCAGUCGUAGGUAUUCGUCGGCAUCCGGAGUCUCCCAAUCCCUGGUUAGAAGCUGUUCCCCUCCCAAUGCAUAUUGCCCUGUCCAGGGAACAGAUCCAUGUAGGAAGAAUAUUUACUCUUGAAUCUCGUCCGUUUCCUGGUAGAAGCGUUGAUGUAGCUCAGAAAGCACUCGGAGCAAGGGAACGCCUGGAGUUACAGAGACCAAGGGAAAGGAAGCCGAAGGGGUGGCUUGGAGCCGCUCUGUUCCCGUGGGGAUUCCAGGCAGAGCUGUGCCCCAGGCUGGGCUCUCCCUGGGCUUCUCCUGGGCUCCAGUUCCCAAAUGCUGGGGGUCCGUCCCCUCGUGUGCCAGCGGCUCCCAAGGCUCCCGUUCCAGCUGUGAGUAAGAAACUGCUGCUACUGUCUGAGUGCUCCCUGGGGAGGCACAGCCGAGUGGAGCACACCUGCACCGGCCCGGGCGCCUGCUGGAACGUUACUUGAUCCCUAUUUAUUACAGUUAAUUAUUUAUGAUUACAAAUAAUGAACUUCUCGUCGCUGCCGUUUGCACCUGGGGGUGUAAAUGAAGCUUCUCCUACAGGACAAACGUCGCACCAAUAACCAACUUCCAUCGACUUGGGUUUGUUCUGGAGAACAGGAUGAGCCCCACAAGAGGAAUUGUGGGAGUUUUUUGGC